AUGGCAACUAUGUUAAACCCCAAGGGGCGUUCCCAAAGCGACAGCAAGGGUAAAACGUCACUUGAGGGAUCCAACAGCUCAACCCAUCACAAUGAAACCCAGGUCAUCGCCGCAACUUCUGAAGACACCAACGGCUUACAUCGCAGCCUCAGCAAUCAGCAAGUCCAGCUCAUCGCCAUUGGCGGGUCCAUCGGCACUGCUCUUUUUGUGAGCAUCGGUGGCGCUCUCCAGAAAUCUGGGCCCGGUAGUUUACUCCUCGCCUUUGUUAUUCAAAGUAGUGUUCUCGCACUUUGCAACAACUGCAUGGCCGAAAUGGCUACCUACAUGCCCAUCAGCGGCGGCUUCGUCCGUCUCGCUGGCAAAUGGGUCGACGACGCCUUCGGAUUCAUGGCUGGGUGGAACUUCUUCCUCUAUCAAGUAUUUAUCGUACCAUUCGAAAUCGUCGCGUUGAAUCUGGUGCUGUCGUACUGGAGCGAUCAAAUCCCAGUGCCAGCGGUUUGUUGUGGAUGCAUUGUGCUCUACGCUGGUUUGAACCUGUUUGCCGUUGGUGUGUAUGGCAGCACAGAGUUCUAUCUUUGCAGCGGCAAAGUCCUCCUCCUCACCAUCCUCCUCUGCUUUACCUUCAUCACGAUGGUAGGGGGUAACCCUCAACACGACGCCUACGGCUUUAGAGCGUGGUCAGCCGGUGCUUUUGCCGAAUACUUGAGAGCCGGCCAGAUUGGUCAGUUCGAAGGCUUCCUGGCAGCCUUGUGGUCCGCCUCCUUCACCUGUGUCGGUCCGGAAUACGUCUCCAUGCUGGCGGCCGAGUCCAAGCACCCACGCAUCUACGUUAAACAAGCAUACAUGGUGGUCUAUGGAAGGAUCCUAGUCUUCUUCGUCGGCAGUGCCAUCGCUGUCGGCAUUGUCGUCAGUUACAAAGACCCCAUCCUCACCUCCAUUUACACCGGUUCAGGUGGCCACACCGGCAGCGCCGCGGCGUCUCCCUACAUUAUCGCCAUGGGGAACCUUGGAAUCGGUGUCUUGCCCCACUUCAUGACCGCACUUCUUGCUACUACGAUCUUCUCGGCUGGUAAUACCUGCACGUACACCUCCACCAGGGUUCUAUAUGGUCUGGCACUUGAGGGCAGAGCACCAAAAUUCUUGACCAAGACAACCAAGAAUGGUGCUCCGAUAUACUGCCUUGGUGUUGUUAUGAUCUUCCCCUUUUUCUCCUUCAUGCAACUUUCAAGCUCGUCUGCAAAAGUCUUGGAUUGGCUGAUUUCGCUGACGACUGCAUCUACGGUUAUCGACUUCAUUGUCAUCUGCGUCACUUACAUUUCCUUCCAUCGAGCGUGUAAGGUACAGAACUUUGAUCGUUCCAGGCUUCCCUACUAUGGACGUUUCCAGCCCUACUGCGGAUACAUCGGGUUGGUGUGGAUGGUCAUCGUUGUACUCUGCUACGGCUACACCUCCUUCGACCCAUUCGAUGUGGGCUCCUUCUUUAUUCACUACACAAUGGUCUUCCUGACCCCUGUUUUGUUCUUUUUCUGGAAGUUCUACAAAGGCACAAAGUGGUUGAAGCCUGAGGAGCUGGAUCUCAUUUGGGAGGCCCCUCAGGUUACAGCAUACGAGGAGAUUCUCCAAGAAGUCGACCCUCCAGUUGGUUUCUGGAGAGAUGUUGCCAACUCCUAUGGACUCGCAAGGUUGCUGAGGAGGAAGAAGAGCGCAGACGCCGUUUGA